UCCCCGCCACUUGGGAUGAUAUGAGAAUGAUGUGGCCCAAUUCCGUGUAUAUUGAGUUUAAGCGGAAUAGUCCCCGCCACUUGGGACAAUAUGAAAAUGAUGUGGCCGCUCGUGGGGCAGGUCCGAGU